AGUAUUCCAUGUCAACAACAACAAAAACACGGAUCAGCACAACGUUAUACAUUAAUCAUUUUUUGAUUUGUUCAUGAUCAGAUUAAUACACAACUUAUGCGACAGCAAAAAAAAACAGAUAGAAAAUCAUUCAAUAAAAAUUUCAAAUUAAACCCUGAAAAUGCUGGGUUUCAUAAGAAGAAAUUCAUCAACAACAAAAUCAACACUUUAUUUGAAUUCAUGGCUUCAAACAAGAAGAGGAUUUUGUUUAGGUGUUCUUCCCAAUGAUGUUGACCGAAAUUCCGACACUUUCACUCGCAAUUCCAAACUUAUGCAGGAUUUACUCUCUCAACUCCAGUCUAACAUCAACAAGGUAAUUGCUGGUGGAGGAGAAGAAGCAGUGAAGAGGAAUAGGAGUAGGAAGAAGCUUCUUCCUAGAGAGAGAAUUGAACGGAUUCUUGAUCCUGGUUCUUCAUUCCUUGAACUUUCCCAGCUUGCAGGGCAUGGGUUGUAUGAAGAAUCUCUUCCAUCUGGUGGAAUAAUAACAGGAAUUGGACCAGUUCAUGGGAAACUUUGUAUGUUUGUAGCUAAUGAUCCCACUGUCAAGGGAGGAACUUAUUUUCCCAUCACAGUCAAGAAGCACUUAAGGGCACAAGAAAUCGCUGCUCAAUGCAAACUACCAUGCUUGUAUCUUGUAGAUAGUGGUGGUGCUUUUCUACCCAAACAGGCUGAAGUCUUUCCCGACAAGGAGAAUUUUGGCAGAAUAUUUUACAAUCAAGCCAUAAUGUCUUCCCAAGGCAUUCCUCAAAUUGCUCUUGUUUUGGGUUCAUGUACUGCUGGAGGAGCAUAUAUACCUGCUAUGGCUGAUGAAAGUGUCAUGGUAAAAGGAAAUGGAACGAUAUUUCUUGCUGGACCUCCACUUGUGAAGGCUGCUACUGGUGAGGAAAUUUCUGCUGAAGAUUUGGGAGGUGCUAGUGUGCACUGCAAGAUAUCAGGAGUAUCUGAUUAUUUUGCUGAAGAUGAACUGCAUGCACUGCAUACAGGAAGGAGUAUUAUUAAGAAUCUAUAUAAGGCUGGAGUAGAAGAAUUAUCUAGUACCUGGAAGACAGCAGAGCCUAAGGAACCUCUUUAUGAUGUGAAAGAGCUCAGAUAUAUUGCCCCAAUUGAUCACAAGCAGCAAUUUGAUAUACGAUCUGUUAUUGCUCGUAUAGUUGACGGGAGUGAAUUUGAUGAAUUCAAGAAACUGUAUGGCACUACCCUUGUAACUGGUUUUGCAAAAAUUUUUGGGAAACCUGUUGGCAUCAUUGGAAAUAAUGGAGUAUUAUUUCAUGAAUCUGCUCUUAAAGGGGCCCAUUUCAUUGAACUAUGCACUCAGCGAGGCAUUCCUUUGGUUUUUCUUCAGAAUAUUACAGGAUUUAUGGUUGGCUCAAAGGCCGAAGCAAAUGGCAUAGAAAAAGCUGGGGCAAAAAUGGUGAUGGCCGUUGCAUGUGCAAAGGUUCCUAAAAUCACUGUUAUAAUUGGUGGAAGUUUUGGUGCUGGAAACUAUGCUAUGUGUGGACGUGCAUAUAGUCCCAAUUUUAUGUUCUUCUGGCCAAAUGCAAGAAUAUCCAUAAUGGGAGGGGCGCAGGCUGCAGGUGUACUGACUCAAGUAGAAAAGGCAAACAAGAAACGGCGAGGGAUCCAGUGGACAGCUCAAGAAGAGGAAACAUUCAAAGCGAAGGUGGAACAAGCAUACGAGGAAGAAGGCUCUCCAUAUUACUCCACUGCUAGGCUUUGGGAUGAUGGUGUCAUUGAUCCUGCAGAUACUAGAAAAAUUAUUGGUCUAUGCAUCUCUGCUUCAAUGAAUCGUGCUCCGGAAGAGACAAAGUAUGGUGUAUUUAGAAUGUAAUGAUCAAAUAGAUGAAAUGAUGAUCCAGUGUAAAUAUUUAGUCUGUAAAUUUCAAGAGAAGCCAUCAAAAUUAUUUAAUGUUAUUUAGACAUUUUAAAACUAUGCCAAUAUGAGUCAAUGUUUUCAGUAUUAGAUUACAGUAAUAUGAACCUUGUAAAAUGAUAUGUGCUAUACACUUACGUCAUUCAGUACGUAUUGUACCUGGCAAGAGAUGUAAGAUGAAUAUAAAUCUAGUCUUUAUAUUAUAAGCCAA